ACAGUUGUAUUUAAUUUACAUUUAAGGUCUUUAUGUCAUAACUUAUGAAUUAUUUAUUUCAUUGUCUUUUGGAUGAUUUAAAUUCAUUUUGAACUGUAGUUUACGUUGUGUUUUUAACAGCUUAAAGCUGUUUUAACGUUAGUAGUAAUUAAUUUAUCAGGGAUCUAGUGUUUCCUUCCAUCGUUCAUUAGAGUGACAUUGGGGGAAUUUGUAACCUUGGUGUGGGGGAUGGGAGCAUGUGGUUAGGUAACCAUUUUGUAUGGUUGUUGAAUUUGUGAAUAGUGUCGGUCGCUUUUAAAUGCUUCUAAGUAUUGUGACUAUUUACUAGUUCUGUAAUUAUAUGGUUUGUCAAUUUUGGUUUGUCUUUUGUAAACUAGUUAUGGCAUUUGCAUUUUCAAACCAUAAAAUUCAUUCCGUCUCGAUUUCCUAAAUAUUUUAAUUAACUUUGCCAGUGCAAUUGUCUUCUUAAACGAUAGUUAGGCUGGGCAAAAGCAGUAUUUACUUGGAUGCAGUCUUGAGGUCAGUCAGGAAAAGUGCUGUGUCAUUCGGUGGAUGCUUGUUUGUGGUUCUUAUGAACCCGGUGAACUUCUGUUAAAGUAAAGGGGCUACAGACGAAUCGGUUUACAGAGCUGCAGUUUGAAUCGGACUUUACCCUCUAGUACGUUACUGAUCUGGUUAUUUUGAGCCACGGAGGCCCUGGUUGGCUCUGUGCUCUCAAAUGGUGGCCUUUUUAUGCUGCAGACGAACGCUACUUUAUUCAGUUGUAUUUGUACGCGAAACAUGUAGCGUUUUAUAUGUCUCGUUUGACGUUUUACCUGACAUAUUGCACAUAUUUCAAUUAUUUUACUCCGUGUCAGUGUACUUUAAGAUGGCGGUGGUGCGCUUCUUCUGAAAGACAGAAAUGCGGAUAUGCUGGUAAGCAAGAUAGCUUGUGGGGUGAGGCUCUCGAGGGUUACGCGUGGUCCGCUGGAAGAACCAAUGGGCUUCUUGAUAUUUACCCUGGAAGCCCGCGUUCCAACCCUCUUGACCAAUCACCGCCUUCGCUUUGCACACGUUGACGUAAUGUAACAUGAUAAGGAGGGGCGGUUGCCUCGGUGCCCUAGCAUUUGGUACAGGAUUAAAUGGAGGAACCAGUUACAGGCACAUAUCUGUAUUACUGAUUCGGCUGGGCCAAUAGUAUUGUGCAAUUCCCUUGACCGACAGCAAAAAGACGCGAAUAGGUUGCCCCGAAAGAUUGUCGAUGAAGUUUCUGUAUCCAGGGGUGUGGUGACUCUUACGGACACGUUAAACAGCGAAUAGAAACUCGGGGGGUGGGGACAGCCUGAAGUAGUGUAUCCAAUAGGACCACCGCUCGGUCUAUAAAGCCGAGGGUGUAGUCGCACCGUCGCCAUUUCAACGAAGCAGAUUAAAGGAGUUCGCUGUGGCAGGGAGCGGACAGCUGACGGACAGAAACGGAUCCUUGUCUGAGUCUAGCUAUAAACAGAAUCCGGAUCCAUCCUGAUGGAUAUGGCUGUUAACCCGCUCCUUGACAGCUCCCUUCUCGGGGUUGAGGUUGGCAUUAUGGGAGUCACAACGAUGGACCAGAGUUCUGGCACAGCUGGAAAACGCAUCAGAAAACCUUCACUGCUCUAUGAGGGCUUUGAGAGUCCUGGGAUGCCCCCCCUCAGUCAUAUGGCCCCUUCGGGACCCCCACAGCCCCCGGUGAGAGACCCCAGCCGACAGGGGAGAAUGACCAACCAACUUCAGUUCCUACAGAAAGUCCUGCUCAAGUCUUUGUGGAGGCACCACUUUGCCUGGCCCUUCCAGGAACCUGUUGAUGCCGCCAAGCUCAACCUGCCUGACUAUCAUAAGAUCAUCAAAAAUCCCAUGGACAUGGGCUCUAUUAAGAAGAGACUAGAAAAUAACUACUACCGCAGUGCCAGUGAAUGCAUGCAGGAUUUCAACACCAUGUUUACCAAUUGCUACAUAUAUAACAAGCCUACAGAUGACAUAGUACUGAUGGCUCAGUCUCUGGAGAAGGCUUUCCUGCAGAAAGUGGCUCAGAUGCCCCAGGAGGAACUAGAGCUGGCUCCUCCCCCUCCGCGGAGCAAACAAGCAAAACCUGGAAAAAAAGGCAAAGUCAGCGGAGGAGUGACAACAGCUCAUCAGGUCCCCGCUGUAUCCCAGUCAGCGUACUCACCCCCCACGCCAGAAACACCCGACUCCAUCCUUUCUACACCCCCACAGUCACACGUGACCAAGAGCCUGCCCCCCAUUCUAACAACUGAACAAAGCAUACCUACCAUUACUAGUCUGCCUCCCACACAGCCCACCGCUAAGAAAAAAGGUGUGAAGAGGAAAGCAGACACAACCACCCCAACCACUGUAGCCAUGCCCAUCAUGAGCACCAUGGGGGUCAGCGGCAUCAGCCUGGGGAUGGGCGGCGGGCAUGACUCCCCGCUCACCCUCACUUCUCUCGGAAUGGACCACAACUCCACGCUGGGGAUUAACCAAGGCCUUAGCCUCAGCCAGGGCAUGGGUAUGGGUAUGGGCAUGGGCAUGGGUAUGGGCAUGGGCAUGGGCAUAGGUAUGGGUUGUGGAACAGUUAUGAUGGGUACCAAAGCAGCGGGGGGCAGGAGAGGAGUGAGUGGCCGAGCAAUCAAACCCCCCAAGAAGGAUUUACCAGAUUCCAUGGUGGCACAGCCGGUGCGCCGCAGCAAGCUGAGCCCCCAGCUUCGCUACUGCAAUGGAGUCCUGAAGGAACUGCUUUCAAAGAAGCAUGCAGCAUACGCCUGGCCGUUCUACAAGCCAGUCGAUGCCUCGUUGCUCGGUCUUCACGACUACCACGACAUCAUUAAGCAGCCCAUGGACCUCAGCACCAUCAAGCGUAAGAUGGAUGGCAGAGAGUAUCGGGAUGCCCAGCAGUUCUCUGCUGAUGUGAGACUGAUGUUCUCAAACUGCUACAAGUACAACCCCCCUGAUCAUGAUGUGGUGGGCAUGGCCAGAAAACUGCAGGAUGUCUUUGAGUUCUGCUUUGCUAAGAUGCCAGACGAGCCUCCAGCACCCCCUAGCUCCUCAUCUUCCUCGUCUUCCUCUUCAUCGUCAUCCGAGAGUGAGCUCAGCAGUGAAAGUGAGGAGAGUGAGAGCAGCCCCAGCUCUGACUCUGAGGAGGAGAGGGCAAACCGGCUGGCAGAGCUGCAGGAACAGCUCAAAGCUGUACAUGAGCAGCUCACUGCACUCUCACAGGGCCCCAUCGUCAAACCCAAGAAAAAGAAAGAGAAGAAGGACAAGAAAAAGAAGAAAAAGGUAGAAAAAGAGAAGCAUCGGAAGAUGGAGGAAGAGGUGACACCUAUUAGACCGCCCAAGACCCCCAAGAUCACCAAGACUCCAAAACCCAAGAGCAACAGAGGAGCGACUGGUCCAGUAGUGCCGGUCAAGAAGGCUCCAAGCAAGAAAAACAACAAGAGCAAAAACAAAAAGGGCGGCAUGACGAUAAGCAUGGCUCAGCCGGUCCACGACCCCAUAGUGAGUCAUUACGACUCGGAUGAAGAGGAGGAGACGGCGCCCAUGUCGUACGAUGAGAAGAGACAGCUCAGCCUGGACAUCAACAAGCUUCCUGGUGAGAAGCUGGGCCGCGUUGUUUACAUCAUCCAGUCCCGCGAGCCCUCGCUCCGAGACACCAACCCAGAGGAGAUCGAGAUUGACUUUGAAACCCUGAAGCCAUCGACACUGCGGGAGCUGGAGAGAUAUGUCAUGACUUGUCUGAGGAAGAAGCCUCGUAAGCCAUAUGCAAGUAAAAACAAUAUUGCUGGCAAAUCUCGGGAGGAGCUCGCUCUGGAGAAACAAAUGGAGCUGGAGAGACGGCUGAUGGACGUCAGUGGUCAGCUCAACUCUGGGAAGAAGCCCGCUAAGACCAAACCAGAGAAACCAGCAACUGAGCAGCACACCCAGCCGUCACGUCUCAGCGCCAGUAGCUCCUCCUCGGAUUCCUCCUCAUCGUCUUCUUCCUCCUCAUCCUCAGACACAAGCGACUCAGACUCAGGCUGAGAGGCACAUGGUGUUUCCAUAUAAAAGGGUCAUGUGAGGGACCCUGGGUGUUUCAUUUCCCACCCGGUGGACUGAACUGCAGUAGAUCUAGCGACGAAGGAGCCGCAGGACCGAUCAGAUGAGACCAGCACUAUGCAGAACUGGUCCGACUCAACCAGUCUGAAACCAAGAAAGAGAGAGAUGGGGCUUUCCCUGCGCUCAGCUCAAUCAUCCAAUCCUGUCAUGGACAAAGUAAGGUUGAGCAGGGAUGGAAAGGAGGAGACUAGAGUCCUGCCGUUCUCUGGAGAACUGGCCUUACUGGGCAGAGUGAGGGAUGCUCCAUCUCCUGCAAAGACGGCAGAAGAGCGACGCAUGUGUUGGAGGGAUAUGGGUGCUAGAGCCAGAAUCUGUCUUAUUUCUGGAGAUAACUUCCCUUCUUCCUGUGCUCCCUGUCUUUAUGCUGUAUAGAUAAGGUGUACAGUUAUAUAAAUAUCUAUUUUUCUUUUAUAAAGAAGCAUUUUAUGGAGUAAUUUAUUCCCUCAUUCUGGGAAAGAUGAACUGGUGCGGGUGGAGUUGUGUUUUAGUUUUUGUCAAUUUUUUUUUCUUGAGUGAUAAAGAGGGUAGAGGGGGAAACACGUGUGCGAAUGGGAAUGUAUGAAUGUGUCAUGUAUGUGUUUGCAUGUGCAAGUGUGAAAUCCUCAUAGUUUUGACGCAGGCGUUGAAAAUCAGUCUGCACGCAGAAGCACCUUGGUUCAGUAGAAUACAGAAUGCAUGCAAUACAGAGGAGCUGACAAACAUCUGCAUACUACUAAACUGCAUCCUUGUGUACUCAUGUACUUGUUUGAAAGGGUUGGCCACUGUACAGAAAUGUAACCUAGUUACACAUCAGUUUAUACAAACAUUUAUCUGUUCUCAUGUGUGCCACCUUUUUUUUUUCAUCCAUUUCAAUUUCUCUGUAAACUUGUUUCUUUUUUUCUUCUUGUGACCAAUCUGCUAAUAAAUUGUGAGGACGUGUCUUGUCCACUCACCUGUGCCCAAAUAACAUCUUGGUUCUUCUGAUUUAUUCUGGUGUUCGGAUUCAGUUUGCACAAAAAGUUGCAAGAAAAAGGUUUUUCUGUUUACAUUGAUAUUUUUUUCAAGUAGGUGAAGAAUUUUGGGUCAAAUUUCCCAUGGGCCAUUACUUCUUAACACCAUGUUGUCACAAAAGCAAAACUGCUUUGUCUUUAUGACAAUUUGGCCUUUGAGAUCUAUGGCAGCUUCAACUUUUAUUUUCUGUAUUACCUAGAGUUUUGUCUGAAAGUUAACUUUGUGUGGGAUUUAAAAACAUUAGUAAUACCAGGUUGGUAAGGUUGGAAAGCAACGUGGCUGAUGAAAACGGGAAAGUAGACAAAAAGAUGGUUUAAUGUUGUGAGUCAUAACUGCACUAUUUGUUUGGUGGUCUUACUAAACACUUUUGUGAUUUAGGUAUGGUUGUUUGUCACUUUUAUUCUUUUAGAACUGCUUAUGACUCGAGAUUGGAAUAUUGUUUGUCUGAAAGUUAUCAAGAAGGAAUUUAAAGAAUUUUUCAUAAUACUGAAACUAAUCAAAAGCUUUUAGAUUGAACUCUGCUGUAUGAAUUAAGCACAUUUUAACGGUCAGGAUUGUAGAAGUGUACAUAUUUUAUAGUCUCAAUCUCAGAGCAUGUUUUUGUUUUUCUUCAGUAACUUAGUCGAGCUUCUUUUUGUGGUUUCAGUUGUUAAACAGAAUACUCCAGUUGUCAGUCUUACUUUUCUGGUUUGUCAGAAAUCUAAAUGCCUCUGUACUUGACUCCUUUAUUUCUUCUGAACAUCUGUACAUAAAUAAACUGAGACAUGUUCC